AUGACGGCCGAUGAAGAACUCCCGGGCCAGCACAGCACUGUCGGCUUGGUGCAAUGUCGCCCCAAUAUGUUUUUGUGGUCGGGACUGGUGGCAGAGAUUCAAGUCAAGCAUGAGAUUGACCCAACUGUUCAACAGCGGGUCAUGCGAUUUAAGCGGGGUGCCUUUGUGGCUCAACGAAAGUAUUGUUUGCAGCGGAGGCUGUGCAGACUGGAUAGACACUCCCUGCGUGUCACAACGCCGUCAACGCCGCUGUCGGCCGAGCGCUUUUUUGGUCGGUGGGAGGAGACCUGGAAGGACUUGGAAUGCAGAAUGAUGCAGAUUCACUGGCGUUGGCAAGCCAAGCUCCUGUUGGCACGGGUACAGGUCGUGCCGGCUCGAAACCCACCUCUGGACAUCUUCGAACUCAAUUGGCUAUGGCCAACCAAAGCCAAGGAGAUGGUUGCACUGCCUGAUGAGAGCCCAGGCCACGAUCGGCCAGAGGCAACGCCGCGCCCCCUGGAAACCAGUUCGGGCCCGGCUGGCACCCAAGGUGCCGCUGAUGCUGCUGAAGAACAGCCAGCUCAGGAGAAUUCAGCUGCAAAGGCUGCAGGUAGUUCGGAGUCAGCUCCGCAGGCGGAGUCUCCUGGUGUUGCCAGUGGGACUGAGCCAUUGCGGAAGAAGGUGAAAAGUACCAAGGAGCCAAAGGCCACACCCCGAAAGGGGAAGGAAGAGGUGAAGGAACCCACAGAGUCCAGCAGGGCGCCCCACAGCUCGCGGCCGCCGCACCGGCGCCGCUCUGCGCCCACGCGCACGCCGCGCGCCACGUCGGAGCCGCCGCAGACGGCGCAGAGCCGCGGCGCGUUGAGCGACGGCGCCGUGGCGCGCACGCCGCGUUCCUUGGGGGACCCAAGGCUUCCCAAGCUGUUGACAGACAUCGAGAGCCACUUCCGGCGGGUGGAGCGGAAACUGCCAUUGGAUGCUUCGGGCUGGUUGCGGGAAACUGCCCAGCUGGAACUCUUCGAAGAGGCCAUGGCUGCCAGUUUCUUGCGGGUCUCGAAAGCCAGCUUCCGCUUCAGAGGCAAUCAGCCACCUGGCACUCAUGAAAGAAACAUCAUUCAUUCCCAGACAAAUGACUUGCAAUUGUCGCGUCCACAUGACAUCACAGACAGUUACCUCUUGAAGAUGACACUUGAACCAUGGAGCAGAUUGACGUCCAUUGUUUGCUCGCGUACCUUUGGCCUGGCCAAGCAUCGUGAAAUCAUGACAGAUGGUGGAGGAUACUAUGUAUGGGCUCAUGUCACUCGCUUUCUGCAAUGCCUUGAUUUGCCGGUGACUUCAGCCUUUGCCCCGGACUUGAGCCAGAAGUGUGUUCUAGCCUACGCACUCUUGUGCAUCACUUGUAGGAGCUUCAGUGGAUCCUGCAGCAACAUGAGCCUCCACCAGAAGAGGCAACCCCUGAUGCCAGUCCCGAUGCUAGCCCAACCGGUGCUCCCAAAUUUGUGGACGGAGGCGCCAAUGGGUGAUUUCCAGGCCACUGAAGCUGGUGAAGCGUCGCCCAGUGCGACUGAGGGAGUAGAUUUGGAGACCGCCCUUUUGCACUUGAGACACUGUGAGAGAGAACAUGCCUAUUUGCAACAAAUGCUCGGCUAUGAUGACGUCAUUUUUCGCGAGGAGCGACUAGCUGAAAUCAAGCAGGUCGAGGAGGAGAUCGACUAUGAACAGCGUCGCGUGCGACACAUGGAGACGGAGCAUCGGAAGCGCGAGCGCAACUUGGCACGAGUAGCUGCACGGGCCAUCAGCAUGUCGGUGAAUGACGGCGAUGGAAACUUGCGUGCCAUGAGACAUGCUGAGCAGUUCGAAUCGGAGUCCGCGGUGUGGCAGGUGAAGAACGAAUCAAUGCAGAAGCAAGCUCUGCAGUUGAAUAUCUACCUGAAACAAGAUAUGGAAAAGUUGGAGCAACUCAACUCAAAACUUGCCGCUUUGCGAGAAAAGCUUGAAACUGAUGAGGCCAAACAGUGGAUCGAGGAGCAGCGCUUACGCGAAGAGGAGCGAUGGAACGAGGAGCAGGCACUUGGAGCAGAAGUGCGCGCACUGCAGGAUCGCCGAACCUUCGAGGAGCAAGCGUGCAAGAGGUCUCACAUUGCCCAGUUGAAGCAGCUGGCGGACUUGAGAAAAAAGCAGACCGUGUUGGAACCACGCUUGGCGCAAUUGGAGUCCACAGAGAAGCAGCUCCGGCGACAGCUCAAGCAGCGCCGGAGGAAGCGCCGCGACUCGCGCGGCUCCGAGGACGGCACAGAUGCGGCUCAUGCGGCAUCCACAGACGGCCCAAAGGCAGAUGGCACGCUUCCGGGGCAGCCUGAAGCCACAGAGACAGAGGAUGAGAGCAGUGCCACCGCCACUGUGCGCACCGUAGCAGAGUCGCUCGCACAGCAUGCGUUCCAGCAGCAGCAACCGCAGCAGACACAGCAGCAACCGCCUGAAGGGGCGGAGACAGCGCAUACUGGAACAGCUGCGGAUGAAACCAAGAAGGCGGAAAAGGCAGAGAGCACAGAGGCCGCACAAGACGAGCAAGGUGCAACCACCAACAAGGCGCAGGUUGCCCAGACCCUGGCCCAGUACGUGCUUCCAGACCAAGCAGAUUCUACAAGUAUGGCACCUCCUCCAAAGGAGCAAGGUGGCAAUGUGAAGGAUUCCGCAAAGAUUUCUGCAGUGGUUGUAGAGGAGAUCGGCCCUGAGCAGCCAGCCCGAGCAGACCAAGAGAGCAGGAUGGUGGGAGCAGCAGUCAGAGGAUCGAUUGGAAGGCUCAAGACCUUCGUUCCAGGCCUGCAAGGCAUCUUCCCACGGCACCAAACCAUGGAGCGUGUCAAGCGUAUUGCCGGCCACGUCGUUUGCGGCGGGAUUGCACCGGAGCAAUGCUCGGCUGCAAUUCCAGUGAUGGAAGCGAUGAAGACCAAGAUUGCCACCCUUGCAGGCGAAAAGGCGGCCUUCAAGAGUUUCAUGCUGAAAUACCAUGGUGAACGCAAGAUUCAAGAUGUGACCGUGGAGAUGGCCAUCAACGGAGCACGUGCGGUGAAAUCCAUGGUCACGGAGACGUCGGACCUGGAUGCCAACCUGGGCAUUGCGUAUCGGCAUCUCUCGCUCUACGACGUCAACAAUCAUCUUCCCAAAGCACCAGGUGGAAAUGUGGCACUGCCUGAAGGUGCAUUUUGGUUGUUAGUCACUGGUGAAGAGCCCAGCCCAGAGGAAGUGAAAGGUUUGACGGAGGAGUUGCACAAACGCUCCACCGUGCCUGCAAAUGUCAUGCAGACCAUUGACACGUUGCCCCUUGAUACCCAUCCGAUGACUCAGUUGUCUGUGGCGAUGCUGGCCUUGCAGAAGGACUCCAAGUUCUGCGGCAAGUACCAGGAAGGAAUGAAGAAGGACGAGUAUUGGGUCUACGCCUUGGACGAUGCACUGGACAUCAUCGCCAAGAUCCCAACGAUUGCGGCCAAGAUCUAUCGCCGAACCUUCCAAGAUGGUGUGGUGCCAGAGUAUGACAAAAGCUUGGAUUGGGCGGCCAAUUUCGCGCAGAUGCUAGGUGUCAACCAGGACGAAGGUUUCAAGGAGGCAGUUCGCUUGUAUUUGAUGCUCCACGCAGAUCACGAGGGUGGAAAUGUUUCAGCGCAUGCGACUCACCUUGUGGGUUCUGCCUUGAGUGAUCCAUACUAUGCAUGGGCUGCGGGGCUUUGUGGUCUUGCAGGUCCUUUGCAUGGCCUUGCCAACCAGGAAUGUUUGUCCUGGCUCCUGGAUGUUCAAAAACAGUUGGGUGAUCAGAGGCCCACCAAGGAGCUGCUAACGGAGUUCGCCGAAAAGACCUUGAAGGAGGGCAAGGUGAUCCCCGGAUUUGGCCAUGCAGUUCUGAGAAACACUGAUCCACGCUAUAUGCUCGAACGCGAGUUUGCCCUGACUCACUGCACGCAUGAUCCCCUGUUCCAGUUGGUGGAUGCAUGCUAUCAUGCUAUCCCUCCGGUACUUUUGAAGCAAGGCAAGGUGAAGAACCCAUAUCCCAAUGUCGAUGCCCACAGUGGUCAACUGAUGUACUUCUACAACCUGAAGGAGCAAAACUUCUACACCGUGAUGUUCGCAGUUUCUCGUACCCUGGGAGUCAUGGCUCAGUACAUUUGGUCUAGAGCCAUUGGUCUUCCAAUUGAACGUCCGAAGUCAGUGCCCCUUGAUGAGUUGGCCAAGCUCGCGAAGAAACACCGUUGGCAGAGGGAGAAGGGAAAGGUUUCCGAUCAGCAGUGA